GCUCUCUGUCCUCUAUCUCUCUAUCUCCAUCUCUUUCUGCCUCUGUUUGUCUCUCCAAACCAACCUCUGCCCUGUCCUUGUCCUCCCUCCAAUCUGUGCUUCCUUGGAAGCCAGCCGUUCCUGAAGGCCACCUGCUGUCUCCUUCCGGGCUCAUCCCUCAGUUCCCAGGUGCCAGGAGCAAAGGUUGGACCUGCACUGUCCCCCGGUCCCCCCCGCUGAGGGGCUUGGGGUGAGGUGCCAAAGGUUCUCUAUAAAGUGCUGGGGCUCCCGGCCGCUGCCACCGCCCCUCCAGUUCCUGUCCCCUGCCCACGCCACCAGGGACCGGCCCCGACCACCAUGGUGCGACUUGUGCUGCCCAACCCAGGCCUGGAGGCCCGGAUCCCGUCCCUGGGCGAGCUGGAGACCAUCGAGCAGGAGGAGGCCAGCUCCCGCCCCAAGUGGGACAACAAGGCGCAGUACAUGCUCACCUGCGUGGGCUUCUGCGUGGGCCUGGGCAACGUGUGGCGCUUCCCCUACCUGUGCCAGAGCCACGGAGGAGGUGCCUUCAUGAUCCCGUUCCUCAUCCUGCUGGUCCUGGAGGGCAUCCCCCUGCUGCACCUGGAGUUCGCCAUCGGGCAGAGGCUGCGCAAGGGCAGCGUGGGUGUGUGGAGUGCCAUCCACCCUGCACUGAAGGGCGUCGGUGUGGCUUCCAUGUUCGUGUCCUUCAUGGUGGGUCUGUACUACAACACCAUCAUCGCCUGGGUCAUGUGGUACUUCUUCAACUCCUUCCAGGAGCCCCUGCCGUGGAGCCAGUGCCCACUCAAUGACAACCUCACAGGCUACGUGGACGAGUGUGCCAGGAGCUCCUCCGUGGACUACUUCUGGUACCGAGAGACCCUCAACAUCUCCACGUCUAUCGACGACUCGGGCUCCAUCCAGUGGUGGGUCCUGCUCUGUCUGACCUGCGCCUGGAGUGUGCUCUACGUGUGCACCAUCCGCGGCAUCGAGACCACCGGCAAGGCUGUGUACGUCACGUCCACACUGCCCUAUGUUGUCCUGACCAUCUUCCUCGUGCGUGGCCUGACGCUGAAGGGUGCCACCAACGGCAUCGUCUUCCUCUUCACGCCCAAUGUCACAGAGCUGGCCAACCCGGUCACCUGGCUGGACGCAGGUGCCCAGGUCUUCUACUCCUUCUCCCUGGCCUUCGGGGGGCUCAUCUCCUUCUCCAGCUACAACUCGGUGCACAACAACUGCGAGAUGGACUCUGUGAUCGUGUCUGUCAUCAACGGCUUCACAUCUGUGUAUGCGGCCACUGUGGUCUACUCCAUCAUCGGCUUCCGAGCCACCGAGCGCUACGACGACUGCUUCGACACGAACAUCCUGACGCUCGUCAACGCGUUCGACCUGCAGGAGGGCAGCGUGACGCAGGAGAACUUCACGGAGUUGCAGCGAUGGUACAACAGGACUCAACACGACACCUACGCGCAGCUGCAGUUCCAGGACUGCGACAUCAACUCCUUCCUUUCAGAGGGCGUGGAGGGCACGGGCCUGGCCUUCAUCGUCUUCACUGAGGCCAUCACCAAGAUGCCGGCGUCACCGCUGUGGUCUGUGCUGUUCUUCAUCAUGCUCUUCUGCCUGGGCCUGUCGUCUAUGUUCGGGAACAUGGAGGGCGUGGUCGUGCCCCUGCAGGACCUCAAGGUCAUCCCCAAAAAGUGGCCCAAGGAGCUGCUCACAGGCCUCAUCUGCCUGGGCAUGUACCUGCUGGCCUUCAUCUUCACGCUGAACUCCGGCCAGUACUGGCUCUCGCUGCUGGACAGCUACGCGGGCUCCAUCCCGCUGCUCGUCAUCGCCUUCUGUGAGAUGUUCGCGGUCGUCUACGUGUACGGCAUGGACAGGUUCAAUGAAGACAUCAAGUUCAUGGUCGGCCAUCGGCCCAACCUCUUCUGGCAAGCCACGUGGAGAGUGGUCAGCCCACUGAUCAUGCUGGUCAUCUUCCUCGCCUUCUUCGUGGUCAAGGUCAGGGAGGACCUCAUCUACAGCGUCUGGGACCCCAGCUACGACGGGUUCCCCAAGUCCCAGAAGGUGGCGUACCCAGGCUGGGUGUACGCAGUGGUGGUCGUCGUGGCCGGCGUCCCCUGCCUCAUCAUCCCCAGCUUUGCCAUCUACAAGUUCCUCAGGAGUCGCUGCCAGAGGCGGGGCGACCGUCAGGGGCUGGUCAGCGCCCCGUCCACCGCCUCUGUGAACGGCGACCUCAAGUGCUGAGGCCCUGCAUGGCAAGGGCAGCCCUGAGCUGGGCAGGGGACUGCAGGGCCCGGGUGUGUGCUGGGGCCUGGGCACGUGUGUGUGCACGGGGAGAGUGCACAUGUUCACACAUGUGCUUGUGUGUGUGUGUGUGAGUGGGAAUGGGGUCUGAGUGUGUUCCCGUAUGUGUGAAUACAUACAUAUGGACACGUGUUUGUGUGUGCAGGUGUGUGUGUGUGUGUGCACAUGUGCAUUUGUAUAUAUGCAGCACGUGCGAUAUUUAUCCAUGUAUGUGAGAACACGUGCGUGAGAAUGUGUGUUUGCAUGUGUAGUGUACAUGUGGGCCUGUACAAUGCAGGUGUGCGUGUGCAUGGUGUGUGCGUGUAUAUGUGCAUGAGUGUUCCUGGCACACAUGACCACUCAGGGCCUGGCGGUCCGCGGUGUCCACCUGGGGUGGGGACCCAGACCCCAGACCUCAGAGCAGACUGGCCAGGCCCCACCACACCCUCACAUGCCCCAGCAAGUCCACGGCUCGGAGCAGAGGCCGCCCGGGUGCACACAGGGACGGGUGGCAUUCCUUCGGCUCCUUGGGAAGAAACUCACCCUUCCUGACCCUGCCCUUGCUCACAAUCCCUUACCCUGGGGAGUCCCAAGGGGGCGAGCUGGGGGUUUUGUCCCUUGAUGAGGAGUGGCCUUCGAAAACAGCCGGAGCGGGUCUGUGAGCGAGAAGAGGCGGCCACGUCCCCCAGACCUGCCCUCAGCCAGCCGGGAAAAGCCCUGGGUCUUGGCCGAGGUCUGGCUUAAUGAGUACCAGCCCCUUUAAUCAUUGUCGGGCCACAGGAGUUGACAAGCAGUGAAAUAAAGCCACCUGGUACAGC